GGCCUUCCUCGAGCGUACGCAACAAAGCCCUCGAGCUUCGACUUCCUCUUCUACGGCAUCAACGGUGCGCACCCCUCGGACAGCUUAAGGAGGCAAACCAAGUCUGCAUACGGCGCCAAUGGGCAAGAUCACUCGGAGGUCAUGGUUCUGCAGCGCUUCGCCUUCGCCACGCUCGAGCUCUUGCCGCGCUUCGCAAUCAACAUCGUCGAAACGCUCCUUACUGGUAGAAGUUGAGCCUCACGUCGCCGUGUUGAUCAAGACGCGCUUCGAGGUCAGGAGCAGCAAGAUGGAUGCUACUUCUUCCCUCUGCAGACGGCAGGUCAAGGCUGAGGCGCUCAAGGCUCCCCCGGAUGGUCGAGCUCCGUGGCACUCGGCAUUGACUACGCUCAUCACCGUCGCACCACGGCAUCGCCGCUUGCUAGCUUCCAUAGCUCGCGCGCAGCCCAUCGGCAUGCCACCAGCCAAUGAGGGUACGCUCAACGCCAGGGCCAAGCACGACACCGAGGAGAACAGCUCGUCCAUGCUGGUCGCCUCGCUCUCGAUGUCAAGGUCAAGGUCAAGGUCAAGAUCACGGUCAAGGUCACCGUCACCAUCAAGGUCACCGUCACCGUCACCGUCAACGUCAAGGCCACGUCACCUGCUUUGUCGCAGUGCACGCACCAUGGUCAUACGCAGCACGCAGCACGCAGCACACAGCACCACGCCAGCUACAGUGCUCAGCUCACGGCGGCACGCACGCUCCAUAGUGCGCUCGUCACCACCUCCACGCCAUCUCACCUGGAGGAGGAGGGGAGUCACUGCGCUCGGCACGGAGCAAGUUGUGGCUCAAGUCUGGGGCGAAGGACAGAGGCGCUGCUGUGCUCCUCCUUCUCCCCUCUCUCCCCACGUCGUCUCCUCUGCUCCCCUGCUGCUCCCGCCUACCCCUACACACGUCGAGAGAAUUCUCAGAAAUGAAGACCACUCAGCAGAAGACGACUCUAGACGGAUGGUUCAAGAAGCCUUCCUCCGUCGCGCCCUCGUCCCACACCAAGAGCCCAUUGAGCGCUGCUACCGCGCACGCUCCUCAGCCUGCUCACACCGCAUCAUCUUCUUCAUCUUCUGGCGCACCUCCCAUCGUCGCCUCUUCUCCUUCUGGCUCUACCUUCUGCACUCCAUCUAUUGCCUCCACUCAAGCCGCUCAAGCCUCUCCGUCAUCGUCCCUCGCCCAGGCGGCAUCUUGCUUCUCGGCAGCAGGUCCAACCUCUUCCAAGGCUUCACCUUCUCAAGUUGGCUCCUCCUCCAACAAUGCCUUAUGCCUUUAGGUCUUCUGCUGCCGCCAUUCCGCCCUCUACCGUCGCCACCUCGUCCUCGCCCGCCCCAAAAGAGGACGGCCCUUCAAGCAGCCCGGGGCGGUGGAGAAGCGGCAGAAAGGCAAACACACUGCUGCCGACGCUAGCACCGAGAGCCUGAUCAGCGGGUGGGGACUAGUGGAGGAAGGGGAGAGGCCAGCAGCGAAGAAGGUCGUGGACUUGCCUCUCGUCUGGAGCGCAGAGCACGCGCACAUGCUGCAGUGGGCGCACCGAGGCAGCGAGCCCUUCCUCAAGCGUCUCGAGAACCUUGGGGUUAGUCAUGCAGUCUACAAGGAAUACUGCAAACUGCAGUUGGACUUGCAGGUGGCAUACGACGCGUGGGCAGUACUGAGGGGGGACUUGGACGAGGAGACACUGAGGG